AUGCCGUACCCAUACCUUUCCAAGUAUCUAGUGCUGUUGCUCAUCAUCGCCGGAUGCAGUUUUACCGCUGCGGCGCAGCAAUAUACCGUUACCGGUAAAGUCAUUGCCGCUACAGAUCAGCUCCCGGUACCGGGAACGGUGGUACGGGUUGCCGACUCUUCCCGGAACGCAACGGCAACCGACCCCUCGGGCAAAUUCAGGAUACUGGUCCAUAAAGGGCAGAAGAUCAUAGUGAGCUACCUGGGGUAUGAAGAGCAAUCAUUUGUGAUUAAUGACAACCAGGAGCUGAAUAUAACCCUCGUCAGCAAAGUCAAUAAAGUAGAUGAAGUAGUGGUGAUCGGUUAUGGCGCUGUCAAAAAAUCACACCUGACCGGGGCCGUGUCUAAAGUUACCAAUGAUAACCUGGAUCAGAUCCCGGUAUCGAGAGUCGAUGACGCACUGAUGGGCAAGCUGGCCGGAGUAAGUGUUCAGAAAACCGAUGCACAGGCUGGGGCGGAGCCCACCAUACAGAUCCGCGGUGCUACUUCCAUUACCGCAGGCACUUCGCCGCUUAUCGUCAUCGAUGGUUACCCCGUGCCCACAGAUCUGUCUGCCAUUGAUAUGAGCGAUGUGGAAUCCAUUGAAGUGUUGAAAGAUGCGGCCUCGGCAGCUAUGUAUGGUUCGCGCGGUGGUAAUGGCGUGUUGCUGGUCACUACCAAAAGCGGUCGUGCCAACCGCCAGCGCAUUGGUAUCAACCUGGCCUCCGGUAUGAAGCAAGUUUACCGCAAGUUGCCCCGCACUUCCCUGGGCGACUGGAAGAAUUAUGUAGCCGCACAAAAUAAUGGGGAGAUACCCGCCCAGAUAAGCCUGGCCGAACAGUAUGAUGCCAACAGCGAUAUCCAGGAUGCGAUCUUCCGUACCAGCAAUUAUACCAAUGCCGGUGUGAACGCCAAUGGCGGUAAUUCAACGGUGCGUUAUUACGUGGGUGGCACAUUUAUGCGGGAUGAUGGCGUGAUGAAAGGAAAUGACUAUCGCCGGUAUGGUGGCAAGGUAGGGCUGGACGCCAACCUCAAUAAAAAACUGAAGGCAGAUGCGCAGGAAGCAGUGCGGAAUGCGCCGUCCUGGCUGCCUUUGUACCACACAGAACAGACGGCCGCAGCAACCGGGAAACCGGUCGGCUCCUACGCCAGCCAGCGCGACUUCGAUCCUAACCGUAACCCGGCCUUCCAGGGCAUCAGCCUUUCAGCAUCUACCAGCAACAGUACGCUGGCUAUGAUCGACGGCAUAUCUGACAAGCGCACCAAUAUCCGAAAUAUCCUGAAUUCCUACAUCCAGUACAAUUUCAACCCUUACUUAUAUUUUAAAGCAACAGCAGGUUAUACCGGUAGUCAUAACGAGCGCAAUUACUUUCAGAAAUCAUGGGCAAGGGCAGAUGCGAUACUGGAUGGCGAAGCUUAUGCCCGAACGACAUCGAGUGCGAUCUUUUCCCAAACCAAGCUGACAGAUCUGCUGAAUGAGGAUAUGCUUUUUUACAAGCGCUCUUUUGGCAAACAUGAUGUGGAUGCCAUCGUGGGCUUUAGUAUCCAGAAAACUUCCUGGGAUAAUAUUACCGGGAAUCCCUAUCCGAAAGUGAACUGGGGCUUUACCACCAAUAUAGGUUAUAAGAAUUUUGACCUGAGCAUUACGCUGCAAGGAUCACACGGCGCAAAGAUAUUUAAUAUUGACCCUUACUAUUACGAAACCCAAUACGGUACUACGGGAGCAACUGCCUACCAGAAUUACCCGUUGGAGAUGCAGCAAUCGGUACGGCUGAAAACGGAAACCAAUCUGGAGAUCCAGGAUGCUUCAUUUGUGGCCCUGCGUAAUGUAAACCUUGGUUAUAGCUUUUCCGGGAAGGCAGCUAAAAAAAUAGGGAUGACGGGUUUAAGGUGCUACUUAUCAGCAGCCAAUCUCCUGUACUUAUUUGCGGAUAACUAUACCAGCCUCAACCCGGAGGCUAACAAUACCUAUACCAAUGAUCCGCUGCGGAAGGGUUAUCAGCGCGGGGCAAUUCCCAUAGCACGGACCAUAACCUUUGGCAUCAACACUAAUUUCUAA